GGGUAGGCGUCGUUAAACAAGGUUAUAUUUCGGCACGUUGUUGUGGGUUCAUAACUAGUGAAAAAUGGUGUCUUUAAAUCCGAUUAGAAUACUCAAACAUGAAGCAGAACAAGAAAAGGGUGAAAUGGCUAGAAUGUCCAAUUUCAUCGGAGCGAUUGCCGUUGGUGAUUUAGUGAAAAGUACACUCGGUCCGAAAGGUAUGGAUAAAAUUCUGGUAUCUUACGGCCGAAACCGUGGGCAGAUAGAAGUUACUAACGAUGGUGCUACUAUUUUAAAAUCAGUGGGUUUUGACAAUCCCGCUGCUAAAAUUCUGGUCAACAUGUCUAAAGUUCAAGAUGACGAAGUUGGAGAUGGCACAACUUCGGUCACUGUUUUGGCCGCCGAACUUCUCCGAGAAGCCGAAAAAUUGAUCGAAAGGAAAAUCCAUCCUCAGACAAUAAUAAGCGGAUAUCGCCGCGCGACAAAUGUAGCUCUUGCUGCAUUAGAUAAAUGUGCUGUUGACAAUAGCAGCAAUGAUAAGGAGUUUGCCGAAGAUUUGCUCAAAAUUGCCCGUACAUCAUUGAGUUCCAAAAUUUUGAAUUUACAUAAUGAAAAAUUCAGUAAAUUGGCAGUUGAAGCUGUUCUCCGCCUUAAAGGAUCAGGUAAUUUAAGUGCGAUUCAGAUCAUCAAAAAAACAGGUGGCUCCUUGGAUGAUUCAUUUUUAGAUGAUGGCUUCCUUCUGGACAAGAAAGUUGGUCAAUUCCAGCCUAAAAGAGUUGAAAAUGCCAGAAUUCUUAUUGCAAAUACUCCUCUUGACACCGAUAAAAUUAAAGUUUUCGGUUCGAGAAUACGUGUUGACUCUGUAGCUAAAGUGGCAGAUUUGGAAUUAGCUGAAAAAGAAAAGAUGAAGGAAAAAAUUGACAGAAUUAUAAGUCAUAAAUGCAACGUAUUUGUUAACCGUCAGCUGAUUUAUAAUUAUCCUGAACAGCUAUUUGCUGAUGCUGGAAUUAUGGCAAUUGAGCAUGCAGAUUUUGAUGGUAUUGAACGCCUAGCGCUUGUCACUGGGGGUGAAAUUGUCUCUACAUUUGAUACACCUGAGCUUGUUAAAUUAGGUGAAUGUGAUUUAAUUGAGGAAAUAAUGAUUGGUGAAGACAAUUUGUUGAGGUUCAGUGGAGUCAAGUUGGGAGAGGCCUGCAGUAUUGUCAUAAGAGGCGCAACACAGCAAAUUGUUGAUGAAGCCGAACGGUCUCUUCAUGAUGCAUUGUGUGUACUUGUGACCACUGUCAGGGAUAAGAAAACUGUUUUUGGUGGUGGAUGUUCAGAAAUAAUUAUGGCGAGUGCUGUAAGCGAUGAAGCCAUCAAUGUUACUGGCAAAGAAGCAGUUGCUAUGGAAUCCUUUGCUAAAGCUUUGCUCGAGUUGCCUAUGACCAUCUCUGAUAAUGGUGGCUUUGAUUCUGCCUAUUUAGUUACAGCUCUAAGGGCUGCUCAUAAUAAAGGUCAGAUAACUUAUGGCUUGGACAUGAAGAAUGGUGGAGUAGCUUGCAUGAGAGAACUUGGUAUCGUCGAAUCCCAUUCAGUAAAACGUCAAAUGCUUCUAUCUGCUUCUGAAGCAACUGAAGUCAUAUUGAGAGUUGAUGAUAUUCUCAAAGCAGCUCCUCGCAAGCGAACGGAAGAUCGAGGCUACUGUUGAAUUAAUUUAUUUUAUUUUUUUUUUGUUCUAUUUCUAUAAACUCUCUUUAAUAUUGCAAUUCAGUUUUUGAAUUAAUCAGCACUAAUUAAUUUUCAUUUCUCCUCGUUAAUAAUUUCCUUUUUUUAAAACAGGCUUUAAUAAAUAACUUUUUUU